CGUGCGGUGUAGCUGCAUGUCCGCUUAUGGCUGUGCGUUGUUUGUGUAAAUUACUGUAAAUACUAUAUAUUAGUACUGGUAACUGGUUUCUGACUCGUAAAAAAAAACGUUGUGAAAUAUUCCCGAGGACCUCCUUCCACGCGGCGUAUCACUCAAGUGUCCACCGUUGAAAAAACGAUGCAGAAAGUUCAGGAUUUGGCGUCGCCUGCGAUGAGACUUUUGCAGAAUACUGAUAAGGUUGCGGCCAGUGGCGAGCCGGGUACCUCGGGAGGAGACGCGGAGGUGAAAGAAAUCCGCUUACCUAGUGGCCAUUCGCGGGAUAAUACCGAUGUGGAAUUACGUGUGCCGAAAGUGAGUGACAGGGAUACCCAAAGGGCUCCUUUCGCGAAAACAAACAACCCUUACGAAUGUGACGGUAGUAAAUAUCGGCCGCUUUUGGUCGCGGACAAGUACGAAGUACACGAACAAGUGAUCGGUAGUUCGCUGUACCGGUGCGUUAACAUUCACACGAGGGAGGAACUUGUUUGCAAGAUGGUAAACCGGGAAAAUCAGUCGCUGAUGUCGGCCCACUUUCGUCUCGAGUCUCAUCCCCGGGUCCAGCCCUUGCACGAAGUGGUUGUGAGCGAUCGGUUUUUGUACUUAGUGUUUCCUAAAGCGCACGGUGAUUUGCAUUCCUACGUCCGACAGCGGAAACGCCUCAGGGAGUCCGAGGCCAAGAAGCUGUUUCGGCAGAUAGCCGAGAUCGUUCAACACUGUCAUCAAAACGGUAUCAUACUUAGGGAUUUGAAACUGCGGAAGUUCGUCUUCGCUGAUCCUGAGAGAACGGAACUGAAGCUAGAGUCUUUCGAAGAUGCGGUCGUACUUGAAGAACCGGAGUCGGAUUGGUUGAACGACAAGAGAGGUUGUCCGGCUUACGUCAGUCCGGAAAUACUCCGAACGGGGAAGUAUUCCGGGAAAAGUGCCGACAUGUGGUCCCUGGGAGUCAUACUCUACACCAUGCUCAUUGGAAGAUAUCCAUUCAAUGACGCGGGGCAUGUUCAUUUAUUCGCUAGAAUAUCCAGCGGGAAUUACGUCAUACCCGACUGCGUGUCUGCCCGGGCCCGCUGCCUGAUCCGAUCAUUGCUCCGACGAGAUCCUUCGGAAAGAAUUAAUUCGGAAGACAUCAUGUACCAUCCGUGGCUCGCCAAAGAGGAGAAAGAGUGGAUGCCGAGAUCGUGCGAUCAGAUGGUGCCCAGUUCGAGCUUGUACGACGAUUAGAGGGAGGGCUGGGGCGAUAGUUUCGUAAAAAACGAUAAAUAUAGAUAUUCCCGUUAAAUUUGCCGGGAUUAAUUGCGGGAACAGUUGUCGCUUGCGAUUUGCUUACAGGAUAAGUAAGGAGGCGCAAAACAAAAGCAACGGCUGUUCCGGCAAAGGGCUCGCAAUAUUGUGGGAAUAAUGUGCAAAUUUUGUGCUGUGUUUCAUUAGGAUUAAGAGUUAGGAAGAAGCAAAUUGAAACGCCAUUUCGUUUUGCUUCGGCAAGUGUUACGUUUAUUAUUUUUUCAUAAGAGCGGUUCUUUCGGUAUUAAGUGGGCCUUUUUUGUCGCAAGCGAACGGUGUCCGUCUAACAACCUGCUGCGUUUGAUUGGGCGAGCAUUUUUUUUUUUUUUUUUUGAACUUAUCGAUGCAUUUCGCUUUGGUGCUUCCUGUUGAGCAGUAAAAAACCAACAGAAAUUUGUUAAGGUUGUUUUCGUGUGCAGUAACAAUGAUUAAUUGAAUUGCGAUAUACCUGGUGACAUUGUACUGGUGAUGGAAAUCUUUUGUUCUUAUUCCGCAAUUAAUUAUCAUUUUCAAAUAGCAAUGUAUAGUAAAUUUUGAAAUCACCUGUCUCGUUAUGGCACUUGAAAUUUUAAUUAUUUUUGAAAAAAUUGAAACUUAGUUUUAACCAAUUACCGUAAAUUUCAUAAUAAUUGGUAUAUUAGUUUUAUCUAAAAAUAAUUUCGGCACAUUUUUCAAAAAUAAUUUCUUCCCCUUUUCCAUUUCCUAAGUAUAAUGAAAUCUUGAAAAAAAAAUCGCCAUUGUUAAUAACGAACGUGAACAGUCUGUAGAUCUGUUUCUAUCUGUCCAUUCAUCUCACGGCAGGCUUUCCGUUUAUAAUAUUUGAAUUUCAAUUAAAACCCCCUAUUGGGUGAUCAAAGUGCAAAAAUCAUUAUCUGCAUUCAGGUCUCAAUUCUGAGUUUUUAACACGGCAUUCUAAUAACAGGAUUUAUAUAGCCGCGAUUAAUUAAAUGAAAAUUACCUGUAAUCCAAUCCGAGAUGCAUCUGAUAAUCUGCGAUUAAAGCCAGCCAGGCACCGCGAGCGAUGCUAUAAUAUGUCAUAUAAUAUUCCGCAUAUUCUAGAAAUAACGCUUACGUUUAAAAUGUAUAUUAGUCCAAGCACCGAAGCUAUAAUAUCCCUGGCAUGACCCUUUACGAAAAUACACUCACAAUCACUCGCUUAAGAAGGUCCCUAGGCCGCUUGGGUUUGUCGUCAGCACAUGUUCAGUGUAUUAAGUUUCGCUUUAAAAUCAGUGGCAGCAGGUUAUGGAUGUAAUGGAUCUACAUCGUUCAGCAGUUCCUCAACAGAUCGUUUAAUAUUAUGCAUCUACUAAAAAAAAACACCCGCUUUUUUCAUUGGAUGUUAUUAACCGCUUUUUUAUUAAGUUUUUGCUCUAAUUUGUUUUUAGGUCUCUAGCGUUUUCAUCAUCGUAGGUACAUCACUGUGCAAAAGACUGACGUAAUUUAAUUUAUUUAAAACCUGACGGUUUAAUUAUAGAGUAUUGUCUUAAUUUCCGAUACCUACUUUGUAUAAUAUUAUUUUCGCUUAGAAUCCGCGUAGAUUUUUUUUUUAGCAAAGUGUAGCGAAUGUGAAUAUAAUCCAUGCGAAAUGUCCCGCCGUUCAACCGAAAUUGCAAUUUAAUGUUUGGAUAAUUUUGGGUUAAAAUUGUGAAUGAGUUUUUUUAUGGGAACAUGAGAAAAAAAAUAAUUUACGAAAACUGCGGAAUUAUAGUCGACUGAAAAAAAACAGCACAGACAAAAAUAAACCCAUUUGCGUUUUUGUUGGGUUCACUAAUAGUUGUCCCCUUUACUAAUUUUUGAAACACAUAGUAUAUAAUAACAAUAUUUAGUCUGGAAACAGUAAUUAAAUUUACAAAUAAAGUGUUGAGAAUUUGGAACAUGUUUACAAAAUGGAAUAAUAUAUCGGUGUGUUCUAUUUGAAAAAUUAUCCUAUUAGUUUCGAUAUACCCAAUACUAGUAAGACGGAUAAGACGGUAACUCAAUAUACCUAAUCAUAUCGGUUGAGGUGUACAUCAUUAAAUACAAAAGAACUGUGUUUUAUUUUAAAAUUUGUGGUUGUAUCCCAAACGAAACGAAAACAAGGAGUGUAUAAAUAAUUUGGAAUAAUUCUUUCCAAAAUGUGUAAAAUUACCGCAAAAUGUUGUAAUCCGUUUGAAUUAAAUGAGCGUAGAAUUACAACAAAAUAAUGAGUUAACAAGUUUAUGCACAUAUCUGUACCCUAAAGCAAACUUCGUGAGUCAAGAAACAGUUUCGAAAAAACCGAAGAUGAAGAACUUGGUUACUUCCUGCUUUUGUCACUUAUAAUUUUACGAUAUGUGGCAUAUCGCCAAUUUAUUUUUAUUUCCUACUAUUUUUUUCUUAAGUGAGUUAUUUUUUUUAGUUCGCUACUAGGAUACAGAUACAGGGCGUGUGUAUAUAGCAGAAGGGGGGAAGAGAAUACAUGAUCUCUGGUCGGAUUUUGUAAUGAAUUUGGCCGCUCUCACUGAACACUAUAAAAAUGUUGUUCGGACUGAACCUCGUCUUAAGGUGGAUGAGACAAAUGUUCAAUUUGUUUUUCGUUUUUCUUUUGUUAUUUAUGCGCAUUUGUGGUUAACUAUAAAUAGAAAUGUUUGUAAAUAUGGCUUCAACGCAUUUGUUAAAAAGAAAUGAAAAUCGUUGGAAUAUUUCAUUAUGUUGUUCGUA